GCAGCUUCGAAGAGACGCCAGUAGCUUGUAGCUGAGGGACAUUGAAUGACUUUGUGCUCGAGUGCGGCAGCAGGGUUAAGAAAGUUGGACUAUUUGACAGGUUGGGAUAAGUAUCGGAGCUCAUGGAGGCCCUCAUACCUGUCAUAAACAAACUGCAAGAUGUAUUUAACACGGUUGGCGCAGACAUUAUUCAACUGCCGCAGAUAGUUGUUGUGGGAACUCAGAGCAGUGGGAAGAGUUCUGUCUUAGAGAGUCUGGUUGGCAGGGACAUCCUGCCACGUGGUACUGGCAUCGUCACACGCCGGCCCCUCAUCCUACAACUGGUGCACAUAGACACAGAGGACCGAAGGAAAACCAAUGAAGAGAAUGAAUCCAAGAGAAAUGGACGACUUUACAGAGGCAUCGAUGGAGAAGAAUGGGGCAAAUUCUUACACACAAAAAACAAGAUCUACACAGACUUUGAGCAGAUCAGGCAGGAGAUUGAGGCCGAAACAGAAAGACUUUCUGGCAAUAACAAGGGUAUAAGUGAUGAUCCCAUUCACCUGAAAGUCUUCUCACCACAUGUAGUGAACCUCACCUUGGUGGACCUUCCUGGCCUUACAAAGGUACCAGUGGGAGAUCAGCCAAAAGACAUAGAGCUCCAGAUCAGAGAUCUGAUCGUCAAGUACAUCUCAAACCCCAACUCCAUCAUCCUGGCUGUGACGGCUGCUAAUACAGACAUGGCGACUUCAGAGGCUCUUAAAGUGGCCCGAGAGGUUGACCCUGAUGGCAGGAGGACGUUAGCUGUGGUAACCAAGUUGGAUCUGAUGGAUGCUGGCACAGAUGCAAUGGAUGUGUUGAUGGGCCGGGUCAUUCCUGUCAAACUGGGUAUUAUUGGAGUAGUAAACAGGAGUCAGUUGGAUAUCAAUCAAAAGAAGCUGGUGGCAGAUUCCAUCCGUGAUGAAUAUGCCUUCCUCCAGAGGAAGUAUCCGUCUCUCGCAAACCGAAAUGGAACCAAGUAUCUUGCCAGAACACUAAACAGGCUGCUCAUGCACCACAUCAGAGACUGUCUUCCUGAGCUGAAGACGAGGAUCAACGUGCUGGCAGCACAGUACCAGUCUUUACUCAACAGUUAUGGCGAACCAGUCGAUGACAAGAGUUCCACCCUGCUGCAGCUCAUCACAAAGUUUGCUGCAGAGUACUGCCACACCAUAGAGGGCACAGCCAAGUACAUCGAGACAACUGAACUAUGUGGUGGAGCGAGAAUCUGUUAUAUAUUUCAUGAGACAUUCGGUCGCACAUUGGAGUCAGUCGAUCCUCUGGGUGGACUGACGACCAUUGACGUUCUCACAGCAAUAAGAAAUGCAACGGGCCCGAGGCCUGCUCUAUUUGUGCCUGAAGUUUCCUUUGAGCUGCUGGUGAAGCGGCAGGUGAAGCGUCUGGAGGAUCCCAGUCUGCGCUGUGUGGAGCUGGUUCACGAGGAGAUGCAGAGGAUCAUCCAGCACUGCAGUAACUACAGCACACAGGAGUUGCUGAGGUUUCCAAAGCUCCAUGAUGCCAUAGUAGAAGUGGUCACCUCGUUACUAAGAAAAAGACUCCCCGUCACCAAUGAAAUGGUUCACAACCUGGUUGCCAUUGAGCUCGCCUAUAUCAACACCAAGCAUCCCGACUUUGCAGACGCCUGCGGCCUCAUGAACAACAACAUAGAAGAGCAGAGACGCAACAGAAUGAGAGAUCUCCCCUCUGCUGUCCCCAGAGACAAGUCCCAUAAAGGCCCCGGUGGGCAGUCCCUCUCCCCCACUGAUCUUCCUGCCCUCGAGGGCGAGUUCGCCAAGGCAGCAUCCAGUGGCCCUCAGACCGGCUCCGUCAGCGACCAGUCAGAUGGCGGGACAGGAAACUGGAGGGGCAUGUUGAAGAAGGGAGAGGAGAAUGUAGAUAGGAGCGGAGGUGCCCACACCCUCCCUGCAAGCCCGCAGAAGGGCCACGCUGUCAACCUGCUAGAUGUGCCUGUGCCAGUAUCCAGGAAGUUGUCUGCUCGGGAGCAGAGGGACUGUGAGGUCAUCGAGAGACUCAUCAAGUCAUACUUUCUUAUCGUCCGCAAAAACAUCCAGGACAGUGUGCCAAAGGCAGUGAUGCACUUCCUGGUGAACCAUGUGAAGGACUGCCUGCAGAGUGAGCUGGUGGGUCAGUUAUACAAGACUGCUCUGCUGGAAGACCUGCUGACAGAGUCUGAGGACAUGGCUCAGAGGCGCAAUGAGGCUGCUGACAUGCUCAAGGCGUUGCAGAAAGCCAGCCAGGUGAUAGCAGAGAUCAGAGAAACCCACAUGUGGUGAAAGCUGCCUCCCUCCAGCACACAUGGACCCUUGGGCCCUCCCAGACCCGCAAACCCCUGCUGAGAGUUUUCGGCACUUCAGACGGCAAAGACGAACAACUUUAAAAUGCACUGCUGCUGAUCUGUGUAUAUGCAAACAUAGAUUUUAAAGGACCCUAAGUACAAACAAGACCUUCACCGCCAGCAUCACAUACGCUCCUGUACCUAGAUUAUUCUAUAUUUUUCAUAAAUAUUUAAAACAUCUAGAUAACGUUAUGCAUCACCACGAUGUGGAGCCUUGCUGAGGAAUGUCUGCUCUUAUGUACAUUUGAAUUAAAGCUAGAAUUGACAAACACACGGUACAACACUCUCUUUAUCAUAUCAAGUCUUUUAUUAGAUGCCAACAAAAUAAUGUGUCUACUGGUUAUUCCCAGGAAAUACACAUAACUUGGAUUUUUUUAAUUGUACACUGUUUUUACAGUCUUCAGUUUCAUGUUAAUAGCAGCAUUACUUUUAUGGAGACAUGUAAGUUUUGUACAUCAGACCCACAGAUGUAUUUUGUUUUUCCUUAUCGAACAAUAACUCUUGAACUCUUAAAUUAUCUAUUGAACAAACUUUCAAAGGUUUUGAUACAUCCAGUAAGCUGUUCCAUGGUGAUUCUGGCUGGUUGAGUUUGUAUUGAUAUGUAAUGUUCUGUCGUUUGGACUCAAGAACACAGAAACAGACAAUCUGCAGGGUGAUUGUAAUAACUUAUUUAUUGUUUUGCUAUCAUGAUAAUUGACAUGUAACCCAACACAACAGAACAGAACUAUGAAUUCACACACUUAGUGGAGUUGUUGGCCAAUCACUGGAGUCGAAACUUUGCUUGUCCCUGUCAGACUGCUCCUUUACCUUAGGCGGCCGCCCAUCUUGCCCUUGCCGCGACCUUUGGCACUGAAAAUUUGACAAAGUGGAUGAACGUUAUUCUUUUGCAGCACUUCACAAAUCACUCCCAAAAUACAGUAAAUAGAUUGUAUGUAUGGUUUGUACAGAAUCCAAGGUAAAGGCAUCACUCGUGUCCACAGGAGGUGUUUUAACCCUAAUGACAAGAUCAGAAAAUAAUAAAGUAUACAACAUAUCAA